GCCGGGGGCGGGAGGGGGCGGGAGGGGGCGGUGCUGAAAGCGGACUGGGCGGGGCCUAGGGUCGGUAGGGGGCGGGGCCUUGUGCGUUCCGCGCGGCCAUUGGCGGCGCUGCGUGAGCGCGUUCGGUCCCGCGCGGGCGGGCGCAGCCGCGGCGCGUUGUGCGAAGCGCGGCAGGUGCGCGGCCGGCCUCCCUCUUCUCAGCAGCUCGCUCGCCGCCCGAAUCUUCGGGAUCCCAGCGCGGCCGGGCCGAGGAGCUGGCAUGGCCUGAGCGCCCGCGGCGACGGCGGUGGCGGCAGCAGCAUGGGGAACCAGGACGCGAAGCCGAAGAGGAGUGCGGGCGAUGCACCGCACGGAGGCGGCGGCGGCGGCAGCGAGGACGCCGCCGGGCCCCGCGAGGCCGAGGGCACAAAGAAGGCGGGCGGGGGCAAGAAGGCGCCGGGCCGGCACGGCAAGGGGGGCGGCGGUGGGGAGCCGGGCAGGAAGAAGAGCCGGUCGGAUCCCAGGGCCUCGGUCUUUUCCAACCUGCGCAUCCGGAAGACCCUGUCCAAGGGCAGAGGUGCUGGCGGCUCCCGUGAGGAUGUGCUGGACCCCCAGGCCCUGCAAGCCGGCGAGCUGGACAGCGCCCACUCCCUGGUCACCAAAACCCCGGACCUCAGCCUCUCGGCCGACGAGACGGGCCUGUCCGAUACGGAGUGUGCCGACCCUUCCGGGGUGACGCGGCCCCGGGGUCCCGGCUCCGCUGGGGUCGGGGGCCCGGCGGUGGCCGAGGAUUCGGAGACUGCGGUGGGGGUGCAGGAUGGACAAAGGACCAGCUCGGGCUCAGACACAGACCUCUACAGCUUUCACUCGGCCGCGGAGCAGGAGGACUUGCUCUCGGACAUCCAGCAGGCGAUCCGCCUCCAGCAGAUGCAGCAGCAGCAGCAGUCCCCGAGCCCCGAGUCGCCCCCGGCGUUGCCCCCCUCCGCCGCCCCACCGCCCGGGGCCCUGCCGGGCCUGGACCGACCCCUGCCGGGCCCAGGCGCCGAGGCGGCGCCGUCUGCGCGCCCCGACCGGCCCCCGGCUGCAGACCAGCCCGCGGCCGCCGCCUUGCCGUCUCCCGGGUCGGCUCCCGGGGAGCGAGGGGCCGCGGACACGGACGAGGAAGGCGAGGAGGAUGCUUUCGAGGACGCGCCCCGAGGCUCUCCGGGGGCGGAGUGCGGCCCGGCGGCGGGAGAGGCCCCGCGCAGGCCGGGGGCGACGCGCGAGGAGGGCUCGCCGAGGCCCAGCGUCCCCGCGGCCGCCUCUCCGCCCCGCAGCCCGGCGCUCAGCCCGCGCUGCUCCCGGGCCCGCCCGCUUCUGGCGCCCUGCUACGUCAGGACCACCACCCGGCAGCUCAGCUCGCCCGGGCCCUCCCCAGCCCCGUCCCCCAGCCACAGCCCCCAGGUCCAGAGACGGCCGGAGUCCUCCCUGGACCGGGGGUCCGGAGCCGCCGCGGCCCCCGCCGCCGCCGCCCCGGCCAGGAAGCCCCGCGCGGGCCGCAGCCGCUCGGCCGACUGGACCGCGGAGCUGGGCCGCGCGCCCGGGGCGGGGGUCUCGGCGCACCUGGCGCAGCGCGGGGCGGGCGGUCUUCAGGACGUGUUCGCAGGGCGAACUCUGCUGGAGAAGCUGUUCAGCCAGCAGGAGAACGGGCCUCCAGAAGAAGCAGAGAAGUUCUGCUCGCGGAUCAUUGCCAUGGGUCUCCUUCGUCCUUUCAGUGACUGCUUCAGGGAGCCGUGUGGUCAGAAUGCCCAGUCCAGCUCAGCUCCGUUUGAUCAAGAUCAACUUUACACCUGGGCUGCAGUUAGUCAACCCACACACUCACUGGAUUAUAUAGAAGGGCAGUUUCCCAGGAGAGUCCCAGCUGCUUGGCCACCAUCUAAACCUCCUGACGAAGAACACAGGCCCAAGGAUGCUGACACAGAGUCUCAAUCUGCUGUUUUAGAAACUCCGAAAAAAGGUUCAGAUGCUGCUCAGCAGGAAGUUUGUGACAUGAAAUCUGAGGGUCAGGCCACUGUCAUUCAGCAGCUGGAGCAGACCAUUGAGGAUUUGAGGACCAAAAUAGCUGAGCUAGAGAAGCAGUACCCAGCCACAGACAUGGAGGUUGCCGCCUCCGGAGACGCGUGUCUGAGAGCUCUCAGGUUGGGAGAAAAGGAUGUAGGGCCUCAAAGGAUUUUACAGGCAAAGUCAAUCCAGACGUCCCCGACAGAGGAGGGUGGGACGCUGACUCGUCCUCCCACGGGCGCCCUGCCUGAGGCCGCGAAUGGAGACUCAGCCGGGCUGUCCUCACCUCCCGGACCUCAGACCAAAUUCUGUGCAGAGAUUUCUUUGGUCGUGUCUCCAAGGCGAAUAUCAGUUCAGCUCGACGCACAUCCAUCCCUGCAGGCUCCACCACCCACAUCGCUGACCUGGUCUGACGGUCAAGGACAGGCGAGCUCACAGCCUUUCCAUCCUUCUUUUCACACGGAGUUUGAAACCAGCCACGAGCACUCUGCUUUCCCCUCCUCUGAAAACAGCCGUGACAUCCCCACUGCGUUGCCUCUGUCUCCCACGUUUUCCCACCAGAUGCCUGGUCUGGGCACCGUGGCUCCUCCACGGCCCCCGCCCCAUGUCACGCCUGAGCCUGCACUGCUCACCCCACUGUGCCCCUCACCUCCUCCUCUGCCCGGUCCAGAGAUGCUGCAACCCCCUCCCCUACCUUUGCCUGAUGAGGGAAUUCCUCCCGCCCCCCCUCUUCCCGGUGUGGGAAUUCCUCCCGCCCCCCCUCUUCCCGCAGUGGGAAUUCCUCCCGCCCCACCUCUUCCUGGUGUGGGAAUUCCUCCCGCCCCCCCUCUUCCCGGCACGGGAAUUCCUCCCGCCCCCCCUCUUCCCGGCAUGGGAAUUCCUCCCACCCCCCCUCUUCCCACAGUGGGAAUUCCUCCCGCCCCCCCUCUUCCUGGCAUGGGAGUUCCUCCCGCCCCCCCUCUUCCUGGCGUGGGAAUUCCUCCCGCCCCACCUCUUCCCAGUGUGGGAAUUCCUCCCGCCCCACCUCUUCCCGCAGUAGGAAUUCCUCCCGCUCCCCCUCUUCCUGGUAUGGGAAUUCCUCCCGCCCCCCCUCUUCCCAGGGUAGGAAUUCCUCCUGCUCCCCCUCUUCCCGGCGUGGGAAUUCCUCCCGCCCCCCCUCUUCCCAGUGAAGGAAUUCCUCCUGCUCCCCCUCUUCCCAGUGAAGGAAUUCCUCCCGCUCCCCCUCUUCCCAGUGAAGGAAUUCCUCCCGCCCCUCCUCCUCCUUUGCCAGGUGUGAGGGUUCCGCCUCCUCUAGCCCCUCCCCCUCCUCCCCCUCCUGGAACAGGUUUCCCCCCACCCCCCCCACCCCCUCUGCUUCCUGGAUCCGGCCUUCCUCUCCCACCACAAGCUGGGAGUACCACUUCACCAACACUGCAGGCAUGUGGAUUUCUUCCUCCACCGUUGCCAGCUGGCUUGUUUGGAUUCGGGUUGAACCAGGACAGAGGCAGCAGGAAGCAGCCAAUAGAGCCUUGUCGGCCGAUGAAGCCUCUGUAUUGGACGAGAAUUCAACUGCACAGUAAAAGAGACUCCAGUACUUCACUUAUUUGGGAAAAAAUUGAAGAGCCAUCCAUAGAUUGUCAUGAAUUUGAGAAAUUAUUUUCUAAAACUACUGUAAAGGAAAGGAAGAAACCGAUUUCUGACACCAUCACAAAGACCAAGGCUAAACAAGUUGUCAAGUUACUAAGCAACAAAAGGUCACAAGCAGUUGGAAUAUUGAUGUCUAGCCUUCACUUAGAUAUGAAAGAUAUACAACAUGCUGUGGUGAACUUGGACAAUUCUGUGGUUGAUCUGGAGACCCUUCAAGCUCUCUAUGAGAAUAGAGCACAGUCAGAUGAACUGGAAAAAAUUGAAAAACACGGCCGGUCCUCCAAAGACAAGGAAAACACCAAGUCUCUGGACAAACCUGAGCAGUUCCUUUAUGAACUGUCACUAAUCCCCAACUUUUCAGAGCGAGUCUUUUGCAUCCUGUUUCAGUCCACAUUUUCAGAAAGCAUUUGCUCAAUUCGGCGCAAACUGGAGCUGCUACAGAAGUUGUGUGAGACAUUAAAAAAUGGCUCAGGGGUCAUGCAGGUUUUGGGUUUGGUUCUUGCCUUUGGCAACUACAUGAAUGGUGGAAAUAAGACUCGGGGACAGGCAGACGGUUUCGGGUUAGACAUUCUCCCAAAGCUGAAAGACGUCAAAAGCAGUGACAAUAGCAGAAGCCUUUUGUCAUAUAUCGUGUCCUAUUAUCUUCGCAAUUUCGAUGAGGAUGCUGGGAAGGAACAGUGUGUGUUUCCACUGCCGGAACCCCAGGACCUCUUUCAGGCCUCGCAGAUGAAGUUUGAAGAUUUUCAAAAAGACCUCAGAAAACUCAAGAAAGACCUGAGAGCCUGUGAGGUUGAAGCGGGGAAAGUGUACCAGGUGUCCUCAAAAGAGCACAUCCAGCCAUUCAAAGAAAACAUGGAACAAUUUAUUAUUCAAGCUAAAAUUGACCAAGAAGCAGAGGAGAACUCACUGACAGAGACUCAUAAAUGCUUUUUGGAGACUACAGCCUAUUUCUUCAUGAGACCAAAAAUUGGAGAGAAGGAGGUGUCCCCAAAUGUUUUCUUCAGUAUCUGGCAUGAAUUCAGCUCCGACUUUAAAGACUUUUGGAAGAAAGAAAACAAACUUAUUCUACAAGAGAGAGUAAAAGAAGCUGAAGAGGUGUGUAGGCAGAAGAAGGGAAAAUCACUUUAUAAAAUAAAACCAAGACAUGACUCUGGAAUUAAAGCGAAAAUAAGCAUGAAAACCUGAACAACGAAAAGCAGAACGAAAAUGAGUCCCUGCAGCCACUUCCACAGAAUUCAGCCGACCUGAGGGCAGGAAGGAAACUCAUCAUUUUGAUCACUUUUCUUCUUGGCCUCUUGCAUAAUCUCUGUGUUUUCCAGACAGUUCACUGAUUGUUGAAUUCUACUGUAUAUUAAAAAAAAAAAAAAAAAAAAAAGCAAAAGCAGUAGGCCAGUGGAGAAUGUGACACCUUUUCUUUUUGUAAAAGUUUAUGGUAUUUUACCAAUAGACCAAAACAGCAUGUGUAAGAGGCAGUAUCUGCAUUAAUUCUGAACAUGCUAAACAGUAACCUCCAAUUUACUGAUGUGCAAAUUGCCCUGUCACAGUGAAACACGUUCCUUUCUACUGACGACCAGUACUCCACGUCACUGCAUUUAGAGUUAUGGUUAAAAUGUUAUUUCUAGUGAAUUGUUUGUAUCAGUUUCAUGUCUACAUAUAAAUUUUCUAUUUUGAAAUCGAAGUACCAUUUAUAUAUGUCAUAGUCAAGGCUUUCCCAGCUCUUGGGUUGGUCUCUGUAACUAUAUAUUUGUGAAAGAAGAUUAUCAUUUUUUUUUACUCAUCAGAUAAUGAAUAGAAAACAAUAUAGCAAAAGGAAAACCGUUCCUAUAAAUCAUUUAAAAUAGGCAGGAAUCAGAAAUGAGGGUGUUUAUCAACUAUGUCCUUUGGGACCUUACAUAAAGCCAAUCUGCAGCAAAGGUCAAUUAAACCAAAGUUGUACCUCUCUGUACUCUUACAAUUGCCCUUCACAAAGAAAAUGAUGCAAUACCUUUAAGGAAUUUAAAUAAAUGAUGCUCAUAAAAUUGUCAAACAUGACUAACUGUUGGCAAAAAAGGAGUAACUUUUAGAUGGAUUGGCAUCUACCUAGAACUUGUUAAUUAAACACAGCUGCCUGAGUAUUGUGACCUGAUUGGGGUUGUCUUUAUGUGUUAUGGCAGUUGAUUAAAAACUAUGAAAUGAGUAUGCAAGGAUUUAUGAUCUAAAGGAGACUAGGAAAAGAUUUUAUUUUAGUUUGUGAGGAAAAAAGUAAAUCUUGCACUCUCUCUGAAAGUAUUUUAAAGUCAGCUCCUGAUGCGUUGUGGUAGUUUUGUCUAACAUUAAUAGAUAUUUUAAAAAAUUCUUUUAAUGAUAUGUUUUGGGGUACAGCUGUGAAUAAAGGGGAGAAUGUGUUGCUAAUGCAAACCAAUUAUGGAAUCAACUUAAAAAGAAACUCUGAAUCAUAACUAUGUUUGUAUUUAUGUAGAGUACGGUCCUUAGCUUUCAGUCUGUAGUCGACAUGCACAGACACAGUAGUGGCUCUCGGGUUGCUGUUCUGCUGUUCUCCUGUCUCCUUCGGCCCCUCCAUGUGUACAUGACUUUCUUCAAUGAUAUAAUAGGGCAUUUAACAGAGAUCGCUAUGUGCAAUACUGUAUUUAGUGUUUCUAUUUUA